AUGAGCAUCAGGUCCCAGCCUUUACAGCCGCUUAACAGCGGCCACCUUAACAAGGCUAACUUGACUCCCGUCAAGGCCUCCAGAAGAAAGGAAUACGACCUAUACCACAACCAGCACUACCAGCCCCAGCACCAAGCUCAGGCCCAAGUCCAUCAUCAGAUUCCUGUGACAGAGCCCCAGCAAGAAAAGCCCAAGAAGAAGAAGGAAAAGCUCCUGGCUCUUUGUAAAACUCCUCCAUCGAUUGUCAGAACUAGAAGCGGCAUUGAUUACCGUAGAGGCAACUUCUUGGGAGAAGGCGGCUUUGCCCGUUGUUUCCAAAUGAGAGAUGCCUCGGGUAGAAUCUACGCUGCAAAAACCGUCGCCAAGGCGCUGAUCAAGAACGAGAAAACAAAGACGAAGCUUUUGCUGGAAAUCAAGAUCCACAAAUCGCUUAAGCACUCCAAUAUCGUCAACUUCGUCGACUGCUUUGAGGAUGACGUCAAUGUCUACAUUCUUUUAGAAAUUUGUCCCAAUCAAUCGCUCAUGGAGCUCUUGAAGACCAGAAAGAGAGUAUCUGAGCCUGAGGUUCGUUAUUUCAUGGUUCAGAUUGUCGGAGCAAUCAAGUACUUGCACUCUCGCAGAGUGAUCCACAGAGACUUGAAGCUCGGAAACAUCUUCUUUGACCCAGACAUGAACUUGAAGAUUGGUGACUUUGGUUUGGCCUCUGUGUUACCUUCUCUUGAAUCGAGAAAAUACACCAUUUGUGGAACUCCAAACUACAUUGCGCCAGAAGUUCUCGGUGGUAAGACCACUGGACACUCCUUUGAAGUCGACAUCUGGGCCAUUGGUAUCAUGAUGUACGCCUUGCUUGUAGGCAAGCCACCUUUCCAAGCCAAAGACGUCAAUGUCAUUUACGAGCGUAUCAAGAAAACCGACUAUUCAUUUCCUCCCGACAAGAAGAUCUCCGACGAGGCCAAACAGUUAAUCCAGGACUUGUUGAGCUUGAACCCAUUGAAUAGACCGUCCGUCCACGAAAUUUUGGACUACCCAUGGUUCAAGGGCCCCUUUCCCAACAAAACCACAGAGGACGCCUUGACGGCCACUCCUUACGGUGUUGGAGAGAGCAAGAACCCCGUGGAGAUCUUGAAGCUGGACUUGCAGUCAGACCAACCACGUACGGUAUUGCCACAAUCCUUGUCUCCAGGUGACACUCGUCUUAAAUACCAAGAGGUUGCUGUGCCAACCACUCUAAUGAGCGCCCAGAGAAGUACCAUGAGAAAGCUCAAUUUCCACUCGAAGUUCAACAAGACCAUUGUCAAAUUGGAUCUUUGUCUUCAGGAAACCGCCGACACAAUCCGCCGUCUACUGGAUCUCACCAGAGAGAGGUCAAAGUUGGAAUUGGACGUCAAAGAGCUUCCCACUUGCGAGAACCCCACGCUUAUUUCCAAGUGGGUCGACUACUCCAACAAAUACGGUUUCUCGUAUCAGUUGAAUAAUGACGACAUUGGUGUUUUGUUCAACGAUGAAAACACCAUCCUCAAACUUCACGACAGCGAUUCGUUCUUUGAAUUGAUCUACCACGAGAAAGAAGGCUGGGCAUGUAUCGAAAGCUCGGUAACGAACCCUCCAGCACAGGCAAAGAGACAGCUUGAAAUCGUCGACUUCUUCGCCAAGUACAUGAACACAAACUUGUCGAAGGUCAGCGAAAACGAGCUGCGCAAACAAGUUGUAUUCUUGAGGCGAUACACUAGAAACAGCGACUACAUCAUGUUCGAGAUGACCAACGGUAACUUCCAAUUCAACUUCAAAGACCACCACAAGAUUUGCAUUUCUAAAGGCGGACUCGCCAUCUCCCACGUCUCGCCCAAUAGAGUGAUCCAAACUCACCCACUAGUAUUAGUGUUGAAGCAAGGUAACUUCCCUCAGACGGAGGUGCCUAACUGUUUGGAGAAGAUAGCCAUGAUCGAAAAAGCCAUGAGGGAUAAGAUUCCCACUAAUGUAUAA